UGAAGUAGCGAGAGUGGCCUUGCUGUGCCAUCACCGUUCACCGUCGUCACAGCCGAGCGAGAUAGUGCCUGUCCGCCCUGGUUGCCCUCUCUCUGAGCUUGCCGCCUUUGUCCCUCGCGCUGUUGUCGCGACGAGUGCACGCACGAGCCAGUCCACCCACGGCGGCAGCUUGACGACCAGAUCUGUGGCCAGAGUCGACCGGACCUGACAGAAGCGACUGAUAGGAGCUGCCCAAGUCGCCAGGACGGUCAGAUCGGCGGUGCUCGUGCGAGCCAUUGCUCGGUAACACACCUGGCGGCGUCAGGAACCUCAUUGCCCUUGCAUCUCGCUCCUCGGCAUGAGCUCGCUUGCUCAGGCAUGGCUGCCCAUCUCAGCCUCGCUCGUCGUCAUCGUCGGCUGGGCGAGCUACUCAUACUAUACGAGCAAACAAGACCCACGAGCCAAGACAUCAUCGACAAAGUCAAGAAAGAAGCGCAAGCCGGCUGAUGUAGUCACAGACAGCGCACAGCAACUACAGACUGCACCGGCUGGCACGCUAGCAUGGUCAGCUGGCAGCUUGACGAAGCAGAUGCCCUCUGUGAAGCAGCAUCAAUCAGCACCGGCUGCCCGAUCCGCGUCGGUGGCGAGUACGGCAAGCAAGAAGCAGAAGCCCAUACAGGCGCAUCCUGCCUAUGUCAGGGCCGGUCUUGACGACAUGCUGGAUCCCGCACUGAUGCCAGAGUCGACCGACGCUCCCUCUGUCUCUUCUCAGGCGACGUCAAAAUCCAAAUCUGGCAAGCUAGGCCGAUCUACUCCUAGCGUACCAGGCGCGCAACCGCUUGGCGUUCAGCCAAACGCGCGCACGGCGACAGGGCCCGUCAAGACCCCCAAGACACGCAAGACUGAGCAAACAAACAUUCCGGGUGCAUCGAAAGCUCCCAAGGCCACACUGAACGCGCACAAACGUCAAGCCUCCUCAUCCGCGACGAUCGUGCCUGUGACCGCGCAAGCUCUGUUGGACGGCAACGGCGUGGUUUCAGGGCGCGCGACAUCCUCUGUUGCGUCGCAGCUGCCGACAAAUCUGCUCGACUCGCCCUUGUCCGGCUCCUCUUACGUCUUGGCAGAUCUCGAGGCAUCGACCCCCUCGGAUGGGACAAGCUCGCUCGAGACAGACGAGGCGCUUGCUAUGCAGCUCCAGCGCGAGAUCAAUCGCAGCUCAGCUCAUAUGCAGCCAGACGAAGAUUGGGCCGUCAUUGGCAAAAAGGGCCGUGCAAAGCUAGGUGGUGCCGGAGCGAUGGGAUCUUCCCUCUCCUCUGAAUUCUCAGUCGACCACAUCACCCCAGCUGCUUCGGCAGUGAUUAGCAAAUCUACACAGAACAUGAGCAGCACUAGCACCAGCAUCGCAAGCAAGAAGCAAAGGCAGAACGCCAAAAAGGCUGCAGCGGUGAGAGCAGACAAGCAGGCAGCAGAAGACGAACGACUGGCACGACUGGCUGCACACAAGCGCGAGCUAGAACGCGAGAAGAUGAGAGACCAAUACAAGUCUGUCGAUGCAGCCCGCGCCAAGCAAAAUGCGCCUCGAACAACCAAAGCCCCGACAGCUACAAGCAUGAGCGCCCAGGUUGUGCAAAGCAGAGACGGAUCGACCGCCUUGAUCUGGGAAUGA